GAGGUUUAAUGAUCACAGACUCCACUCGUGGCAUCAGGAUCACUUUUCAAGAUCCUCGCCAUAUAGACACAUAACUUCUCGCCGGUCAUUGAUCUUCAUAAUUCAAUCCUGUUAGCACUUUCUUCGUAGUGUCUUAGUGCUUUAAUUCUUUAAAACAAAAUUAAAUUUACUUUCUGUUCUUUAAAUAAAUCUCUUCAAAAUUUACUUAAACCGCUUUUUUACCGAUUUGUGAUCGAUAUUAAAUCGAUAGUGAACCACCAGAUGACUUGGCUAUUUUAUAAUAAUUUAUAUAUUUGUGAUAAAUAAUUAGUGUUCGUUAAUUUAAAUAAUUUUGCUCACAAUUAAUUAAGGGAUAUAAAAUUUAGUUAAUUUCGCCAAAAACGAUCACUGGGAUGGAGGGCUUUCAAAAUCAAAAUGGAUCAGACGAAGCAAAUACUCAAAAUCAUAUCAACGGUAAAAAGUCAUCCAUGACAUUAAGCGUAACGGGAUUGUGGGAUGUAGUCCCUCGUAUGGAAUACUAUAGAAUGAGUAAACGCGCAAAGCGGCCAUCGCUAAGUGAUUUGCACGAUGGAAAUCCCGUAAAAGAUCCAAACAUAGAGGCGGCUAUCGUAAAUCCAGGACAAGCAAGUUACGAAGGAAUAAAAUUAGGAUGGAUACAAGGGGUAUUGAUUCCUUGUCUUCUCAAUAUAUGGGGUGUAAUGCUAUUUCUUCGGCUAUCCUGGAUCGUUGCACAAGCUGGUAUAUCAUGGUCACUAUUAAUUAUCGGUAUAUCAGCACUUGUCUGCGUUAUAACAACACUUAGUCUCAGUGCAAUUAGUACUAAUGGCGAAGUAAAGGGAGGAGGAAUUUAUUUUAUUAUUUCAAGAUCAUUAGGACCAGAAUUUGGUGCCUCUAUUGGUUUAGUAUUUGCAUUUGCGAAUGCAGUUGCCGCGUCAAUGAAUACUAUUGGUUUUUGCGAAUCACUAAAUGAUUUAUUAAAAAGCCACGGUUUGAAAAUAAUAGACAAUGGCGUUAUGGACAUUAGAAUCGUUGGUGUUAUUGCUCUUUUAGUAAUGAUACUUAUCUGUGCUAUCGGUAUGGAAUGGGAGUCUAAAGCUCAAAAUUUCUUAAUCGCCAUAAUAGUGAUUGCAAUGUUCGACUUUAUGAUCGGAACAAUAAUUGGCCCUCGCGAUCAAUUAUCACAAGCGCAAGGAUUUAUCGGUUUUUCAACAGAAGUAUUUACAAAAAAUUGGAAUUCAGAUUACCGUUACUUUGAAAAUACGACGCACAAUUUUUUUUCAAUAUUUGCAAUAUUUUUCCCCUCGGUAACGGGCAUACAAGCUGGCGCCAAUAUUUCCGGAGAUUUAAAAGACCCAGCUAAAAGUAUACCAAUAGGUACUUUAUUGUCGCUGUUAAUUUCCAUGAUAAGCUACGUUGCGUUUGUUUUAUUUGCCGGCGGUGCGGCUCUACGUGAUGCCGGUGGUCUAGAUCUAAACAAUACUAUUAUUAAUUGUACACCUGGUGUUGACUGCCAAUAUGGUCUCCAUAAUAGCUUUUCCGUAAUGCAAUUGAUGUCAGUAUGGGGGCCAUUUAUCUAUGCCGGUUGUUUCGCAGCAACAUUAUCAACAGCAUUGACAAAUUUAUUAUCAGUUCCACGUUUAAUUCAAGCACUUGGUCGUGAUAGAAUAUAUCCAGGAUUAAUAUUUUUUAGCAAAGGAUAUGGUAAAUCUGGGGAACCUUAUCGCGGCUAUGUAUUAACAUUUAUCGUCGCAGCAGUAUUUCUUCUUAUCGCAAAUCUUAAUUUAGUUGCUCCUCUUAUCUCAAACUUCUACUUAGCCUCUUAUGCUCUUAUAAACUUCUGUACCUUUCAUGCGGGUUUGAUUAGACCUCUUGGUUGGAGACCAACGUUCAAGUAUUACAAUACGUGGCUGUCACUAUUAGGUUUUAUUCUCUGUGUUGCAUUUAUGUUUUUAAUUGAUUGGGUAACAUCAAUUAUUACACUUGUUGUUAUAUUUGGACUGUACUUAAUAGUUGUUUAUAGUAAACCGGAUGUUAAUUGGGGGAGUAGUACUCAGGCACAAAUUUAUAAAACAGCAUUGUCUGUCGUUUAUAGAUUAAAUGUCACCGACGAACAUGUUAAAAAUUACGCGCCACAAAUUUUGUGUUUAUCGGGAUUUCCGGAAAAACGUCCUGAUUUAUUGCAUUUGGCGAAUCUUAUAACAAAACAUAAUUCACUUCUUAUUGCCGGAGAAGUUUGCACGACACCACUAUCUUAUCGUGCAAGAGUUGCAAGAAUACGCGGUGGAUACGAAUGGCUCAAUCGUCAUCGCGUAAAAGGUUUUUAUCAAGUUAUCGGUAAUUUAAGCUUCGAAAAAGGAGCAUCGGCUUUAAUGCAAGCCGCUGGUGUUGGUAAAUUGAUGCCUAAUGUUGUUUUAAUGGGUUUUAAAAUCGACUGGGCUACUUGUAAUCACAAAGAUCUUGAGGAAUACUUCAAUGUACUUCAUAAUGCAUUCGAUCAAAAAUUAGCUGUCGCAAUGUUACGUCUACCAAAUGGAAUAAAUACAUCAAACAUGAUAAAUCACGUUGAAGAAGAACAUUUGGUACAGAGUAGUUACGAUCUAGCCGGUAAUACUCUGAUGCACGCUGAUAGCGAUUUAUCAAUGAGCAGUCGUAUUACACGUGUACAAAGUGUACCUGUUAUUGGUUCACACUAUUUACCUAGCAGUGAGUCAAGUGUAUCAGGUGUACGUGAAUCGCCGACAAGUUUAAGCGCCAAAGAUCAGUUGAGAAAUAAAAAAAAAUACAUCGCUGAUAAACUAUUAUAUGAAAAAAGAAAUGGAAUUUUACUAGAACCAGAAAGUUUAACUAUUUUUGAAAAAAAAUAUAAAAAUGGAGUUAUUGAUGUUUGGUGGCUAUAUGAUGAUGGAGGAUUAACAAUACUGCUACCGUAUAUUAUAAGCACAAGGUCAAAUUGGGAGCAUUGCGAAAUGCGAAUAUUUGCAUUGGCUAAUCAUAAACAAGAAAGUUCAACUGAAGAAAAAGAGAUGGCAGAAAUAAUGGCUAAAUUCCGUAUCAGAUAUACUAGUUUAAAAAUAGUCGAUGAUAUAAGUGUGCCACCGAAACAAGAAACCCAAGAUUUCUUUGAUAGACUUAUUAGUGAUUUUCGCAAACACGACGAUACUGAUAUUACAGACUGUGUAAUUACAGACAUGGAAUUACAAACACUAAAAGACAAAACUAAUCGGCAACUACGUCUCAGAGAGUUACUGUUGGAAAAUUCUAGCAAAUCAACUUUUGUUGUCAUGUCUCUGCCAAUGCCAAGGAAAGGAGCUGUCUCGGCACCUUUAUAUAUGGCGUGGCUUGAAACUCUAACACGUGAUAUGCCCCCGACACUAUUAAUACGAGGCAAUCAUACGUCUGUAUUAACUUUUUACUCUUAAGUAGUUAAUUAUUUUUCAAUACCAAAAAAUGGCUUUCAAAAAAUGUCAACAAUUAUUCGUUUUAUCAAAACAAACUAUGAAGUAGGAAUAAUUAAUUUUUAAUUAUAAAUAAUUACUGACUAGGGUGGACCGUUUAGAACGACUAUUUUUUCAUUCCUUUAAAAUAUUAUUGUCGACAUGGAAAAAUUUCCGGGAAAUUUCGAUCUUAAUUUUAAUUUUGACGUUUGAUUUUAAAGUUUUCCCAUUUAAAAUACAUAAGAAAGUAUGCAAGACGUUUAAUAAUUUUUGGAUUGUUUUUCAAAACGAUAAAUUAUAAAAAAAAAAUAUUUUAAAAAAUUGCACUUGUAGUUUUUUUAAUUUUCUACGUGUGCAUAUUUUUGGUUUUUUCUUUUCUUGUAAACGAUUUGUCGAAAAAAAUUUGAAAAUUUUUAAUUAUCUGCUAAAUUCGGGGUUGUUAGGAAAGUUAUAAUUUUUUUUUAAAUUCUCUAUGCCUCAGCCGUAUUUCAAGUUAUCGAGUCGGAGCUCGCGGCAUUUUGUAGGUAAUUUAAUACUUUAAAAAAGUCUCCUUAGUAAUUUUACUGAGAUUCUAAGAGUUUUUUUUUUUAUUGGUUCUGAAAAUAAUUUUUUUAAAUAAUAAUUUGGGGUUUUGGUUGAUAUUGACUAAAUAACAAAAUUUACAGGAAAAAUGCAGUUAUCGAUUUUUUAGAAAAUUUUAUUCUCUACAAAAAAGGUCCUCUAAGUUAAUUAGCUCAAAUUAUUCGUUCAAGUGAUAUAGGGGUUUUAGUAAUUUUGUGAAUAAAAUAUUUCUCAAUAAUUUUUCCGAAUCUUCUCGAAUUUCCUCCGUAUUUUCAUUAAUGGGAAAAUUAUUCACUUAAUUAAAAUUAAAAUUAAAAAACAUUUGGUCAAAUUUUUUAGUCGCUCAAAACGGAUCACCCUAAUACUGACACGCUCUUUAUUAAAAUAUGAGCAAAACUAAAUAGAGAAUUUAAUUACUUUAAUUAUAUUAUUUUUCAUCACUUUAUAAUUAAAUUUAAUUAAAAUAGAAUUACUAAUUAUUUUUUUUCAAACUCAAAAAUUAUUUUAAAAAAUUUUUUUGCAAUUUGAUAUUUUUUUAUU